UUAGCUUUGGUUGGUUUCAAAUUUCACGUCCAAACUUUGAAUUCCUUCGAUUGAUUCGAUUAUUUCAAACAAAUUGCCGUGCGAUAUAGUGCAAGAUGGCUCGAGCUUCGGCGGCCAGCAGCAAGCACACGAACCCAGCCGAUGAUCUCCUCGACAAAUUCAGCCCCCUGCGGGUUGCUAAGAUCUUCCCCACCAACUUCAAGCGAAAGCCUUUGCUAUUGGAAAGCUUCCGACCGAAGGAAAAUGAGUGUCUCGAUUACCAUCUCUCCGAAACGAACGUCAGGUGGAACGUUGGCGAUACCAAGAUCCGGGCGAAGGAAAUCAUCGGGGACUACGUUCUCGCGCCGCCGGGUUACAUAGCCAAGAAGAAGCCCGUCUACGCCUCGGGAGGCCCGCCCUGCUGGAAAUACGUCGACGAAGUCUGGAGGGAAAGGGUGGAAAAACGACAGGCCAUGUACAAGGAAAUGUUCGCAGAGUAUGUGAAGAACAGACGGCAGAAUGUAGUUAAAGAUAAGAUCAAAAUGUUCACGUACACCUUCAAAGUGGAGUGCUGUCCUCUUUGGUUCCAAGAAUUGUCGUUCAGGCAAAUGGCCGUGGCGGAUAAUCUCCAAUGGUGCAUCGACAGGGACCUCCAAUUCAACACCAUCGAAUACACCAAGGACAAUCUGGCCCAGCUCGGCCUGAUGCUCAGGGCAAACCACAUCGCCAUCAAGAUCGCUUUGCGGUACUGUUGCGGCAACGACGUCGAAUUUCUGCUGGUUUUGUACCAAAUUUCGCACCCUAAGAGGACCGAAUACUCCAUCAACGAUCGGUUGCUGCUUACAGCCGUUUACCAUUUGUGCAUAACGGACACUUUGAGGGAACUGCAUGUAAGAAUACCGUCUCCACCUAGGGAGACUAAAAAGAAAACCGAAACUAAACCUAAAAGGCCCAAAAAGGAAAAAUACGAUUCGCCAUAUUUGGAGCCCUACACGUUCGUACGAGAUCCUCCGAAGCACACUGGUAUUUACAAGAAAAACAUAGUUCAAUGCCCGGAAAAUCCAUAUUUCUCGUAUUUAACUGCUUUGUACAUCGAAAUAGCUAACAGUCAAGACCCUCGCGAAAUUGAUACAACUGGAAUAGAAGAUCCAGUCGUAUUGGAGAUAUUAGAAGACAUGAAGAACGCUCAAAUAAUGUACAGCAGAUUGCCUCAUCCGGAACCGAAGAACGUGGUGGCUUGUAUGGUGAAAGACCGUUGCAAAGACAUCGAAGAAUACCUGAAACGAUCGAAGAAACCGGCGCCGAAGCCGCAACCGGAGCCUACGGAGCCUUGCCUGCCGGCACUACCGGAGCUACCGGACGCCGAGGAGCCUUGCACAUGCGAGGAACCUGGCACGGGCGGCGAUGGGGCUCCCUCUGAAGCCACGGAACCCAGCGAACCAGAGGAAAUAGAACCGAUAUGUCUUCCGCAGAGCAUUCCGUGUGGAGAAUGUCCGGAAGAUGCGUGCGAGUGUAAAGGCCUGGCAUGGACCCACAUGAAAUCGUACUGUAAACGAUGCAUGCUAAAGAAGAGGUUCAAGGAGAGGAUAGUAAAUAAUGGUAACAGAGCGAUGCCUGAUGGUAGCAUUGUUCCGAUUAUCGGAGGUUUCUAUAAGGAAAGGGAAUGCUUGUGCUUGCAAAGAUACCAAUCCAGAUGGGGGCUAUUGGAUAAGGCUGAAAAAAUGGAAGUCGACAAGACUAAAUUCUUCAUUUGUGGUGUAUUUUAUACUCCUCAAGGUGCUCAUUACGUCGUCCAAUCAGUGGUGCCUCCUGAUGGAGGGAAACGAGCGAAGGCGAACGCCGGACCGAAGCCUUGCGGUCGCGCCAUCUGCCUGUGCAUGGAGGAAGAGAAAUCGCGCGAGAAAACCUUGGUAGAAGUACCCAUACCGGAACUCAAACCGUCGCCGAUCAUGCCCUGGGAGAAGGCCCAUUGCACCUGCAAGGAGGAACUGAACAAGUUCCUCGCGUUGCAGUGUCGUUGCGCCGACUGCGAGGAGCAACGCAGGAUCGAAAAUCGCGACCUGGUGCUUGCCGGAACCAAGCAAUUCGUUUGCGAACCUUCGGACGCUGUCGCUGAGGACUAUUCCAUAACAGUACCGAUCGUACAAGCCGUUCAAGACCUCCACUGCGAUUGCCUGGAAAGGUACAAGGAGCACAUCAAGAAACUGGAGGAAUACAAGCAAAGGGUCAAAGCAAGAAUAGUGAUGAGAGCGCGCGAACACAAAUACGCCAUUGGCGGUGUAACUCAAACCAAAGACGGACCAGUGUACCAAAUCCAAGGGUUGCGCACGCCUCUCAAGUGCAUUUGCGCCGAAAUCGACGCCGAAAUGCGCGAGGAAGCGGAACGAUUGCAGCGCAUGCCGAAGAUGCCGCCCACCGGCAGGGCGCGGUACCAAAUCGAGGGCGUCUGGGGCGCCACGUUGGCCGUCGCCCAAAAGGGCGGCGUCAGCGAUUGCGAUCCGAAUUGCCGGGAGAAAAAGGGCAAGGAGGAAAAGGAAGAAAUCAUGGAACAAACGAAGGAGAACUUUUUCGUUCUAUCGACGUUGGGAAACGAGCCAUGCAAAUGCCACAAACUCUACGACCUAUUUGAAGAGGAACACAAAAAUUGCAUGGACUUUUUCGAAGAAUACAUGAAGAAGACCAUGGAAGAUAUCGUAACGACGAAAUUGGAAGAAGCUAAAAGGAGGGAGAAGCAACGCAAAAAAGACGAAAAACUGAAUCCACCACCGCCUCCCGAACCCGAACCGGAGCCGCCAAAAGAACCUUGCGUACCGCCGUGUCCUGCUUGCCAGCCCGUCUGUCCCUGCGGCGACGUAAAAAAACCCGACAAUUUCGACAAUCUCUCCUCGUUUCGAUUGGCCAAAGAUUCGGAUUCCGACGAGGACAAGGCCCCGCUCGGCGACAACGCUUGCACCUGCGUCUUGGAACUUGCCGACGAGGAAAUGGAGAAGAAAAUGGUGCCGUGCGAGCCUUGCAACGAACCAGAAGUCGAGCCGCCUGAGCCAUGUCCUCCUCAGCCGUGCCCCGAGCCACUUGUGGAACCUCCGCCUCCGGAAGAGCCCAAAGAAUUGAAAAGGUACUACGUAUUGGACCACAUACCAUGCGACCUGAAUGAAAUGAUGGAAAUUAUAAUAAAAGCUCUGGGACAAAUGGCGGAGGAUGGAUUUCCGUUGGCGAAGCUGCCGGAGGUGGAGAAGCUGCCCAUUUUCAAAUUGUGGAUAUUUUUGAGGUGUCGUAAAUGUUGGAAAUGGGAAGAGAGACCGCCUUUUAAUAAGAAGCAUCUGCAGCUGCUGAAGAAAUCUGCGAAUCGUUGUCGCCUUCCGUUCCCUGAGAUUCCAAUAAGUAGGAGCAAGGCGGAUAAAUUGACGUGGUUUGACGCCGCGUAUGUGAAGAACAUGGUCGAAACUCUGACGGAGGAUUAUUACCGAACGGUGAGGAAAUCCCGAAUAGAUGCCAUGAGGGCGUAUUUUCCGGCAAUGUUCAAUUACGAAUUUCCGGAAUUGCGGCACACGAUCUUCUGUUACUUACCUUCGAAGGAAGAAGGCAUUUACUUUAAGUCGUUCUUCUAAUGUAUUUUUAGAGAACAAAAGUAAUAAAAUUGUGUGCACGUUG